UUGGGUUUCUGUGUCCUCAUGUUUUGUAAUAUGCUGUAUAAAAGUAUAAACUCGUAAGCGGAGUGUUUGUUGACAUUGUCGAAGUAAAUGUGAAUGCUUCACUACAAAACAUUAGAAAAGUUUGUUCUUUUCAUCUUCGAGACGCCGAAAAUGACGACUGAAAUAAUGAAAUCUUUUGGUGCACUCCAAGCAGAACUGGAGAAAGCGAAAGAUAGUUUGAAGGGUGUGGAUGAGCAUAUAAAGAAACUGAUUGGUAGAGACCCAGCCGAACCUCCUCUUCGCCCUGGUGUGAAGAGACCUGCAGGACAACAGGAAGAAUUCCGGGGCAGAGGCAGAGGUUAUGCCCUAAACAGAGGACGCCGGGAUCCAGGUGCAAGACCAGAAGAGGAUGAGUCACCAGCGGUGAAGAAGAGGCCAGGAGAUCCAAGGACUGUAUUUAGCAGGUUGUCUGGGCCACCAAGGGCCAAACGAGGUGACACCCCUGAUGAUGAUGAUCUCCCUAACAAGCCUCUCAUAUCUUCUCGGGUAAUUGCUACACCUAAAGAGUUACCUUCUCGACAGGAAGCUAUGGCUGCCCAGAACACUGAUGAGUUGAGCAAAGCAAGAAAUAGGAGAAUGUUUGGUGCCUUACUUGGGACUCUGCAAAAAUUUCGACAAGAAGAAACUAGAAUGCGUGACAAAGAAGAGAAAAGAGCAAAGGUAGAGAAAAAACUUGAAGAAAAUGCAAAGCGUGAGAAAGAGGAGUUGAAAAAGGAGCGACAAGAACUCUUCCUGGAAAGAAAAAGAAAACAAGCGGAGAUAAGAAAAAUAGAAUUAAAAAUGCUUAGGAUUAAAGAGCAAGAUGAAUGGGAAAGUAAACAUAGACAUCUUCUAAAUUUUAUCCAAACAAAGGCAAAACCUCACAUUUUCUACCUUCCAAGUACACACAAUACGAAAACAGAAGAGAGGCUUGUAGCUAGCCAGAAGUUGGUUGCAACAGAAAUGAUUGAGAAGAAAAGGGAGGAAGUGCGGUUGGAACUGGAAGCAAUUGAGAAGCGUGGGAGGUGGAGGCAGGGCUUAGGGGAUCAAGAGGGAGGGUUAGCCCAAGAGGCAAGUGAUGAUGAGCAAAUGGAUAGCCUUGAAGUAGGAGAUAAGGAAAACCGUUUGCAGAGUGUGGGUGGUGAAAUGAAUGUUAGUAUAAUUGAGAGUGUGGUCAAGGUACCAGGAUCAGGUAAGGAAGGGGAACAUUACCGUAAGAGUAAAGAUAAUGAAAAGUUAGGCUCAAGGGACUCAAAAUCUAAAAAGGUAGAUAUACAGUACAAAAAAGAAGGUGGGAGGGAAGAAAGGGAGGAGCCUAUGGAUGCUGAGUCUGAGCAUGAGCAGGAUGAUCAAGAUGAUCAAGAUGAUCAAGAUGAUCAGGAUGAUGAGGAAUCAAAUGAAAUUAGUGGGGAAGUUGAGGAAGGUGAAGUAGAAAUAAGGACAGUUAUAAAAAGAGAAAAAUCAGUGGAGGAAAAUAGUACAACAAAUGAGUAAAAUAUUCGUGUUUGUGCAGAAAAAUUUAAGGCUGAUUUCUCAAAGCUAUUGAGGAAAGACACCAGUCCAAAAUUGCAGUCAGGGCAGCUGCGAGAUGUAUUAAUAAAGAUGGGUUGUACAAAUUUCUUUUGAUAGUUUUGUAUUAUGUAUAAAUUGACAAAUUUGUGGAUUUU